GGGAUAUGUCAAAUAAUUAACUUGAAUUCCUUGUUAAUUUGACAAAAUCACUAUUCACCUUUACAGUUAAGCUAGUUUAAUCAUGUCAAGAGUCAGGUGACAUCUAUAUUAAGCUGUGCCUAUUUAACUUUGGCGACUACUUGAUUUGCACCCUAAUCAUAGCAAUCCCCCCUUGUGUGUACAAGCUGAAUCCCUGAAAAUAGUUACGUAAGAAUUAUUUUCAACGCUAUUCUUUGUGAUAACCGCCGUAGAUCUGAUGGAAUCUCCGGAAAAUCCAGAUGGAUGGUAAUGAAACAUCUCAAAAUCUGAACAAAAGCUCGGCAAGGUGGGAUGAGUUUGCUAAACUUAAGUUUGUUGAAUUGUGUGAAGAAGAGAUUUCCAAAGGAAAUCGACCUCGAACCUACUUAUCAAAGGAUGGAUGGGAUAAUUUAGUUAGAAGAUUUAAGAUCAUGACUGGCCGGAGCUAUAACAAGAAACAAAUGAGAAAUCAUUGGGAUUCAAUAAAAUUGGAGUGGUGUCUUUUUAAAGAUCUGAUGCGAGGACAAACUGAAAUUGGCUGGGACGAGGCAAGAAAAACAAUUGUUGCCAAUGACAAGUGGUGGGAAGAAAGGAUUCAGGUGAACGAGAAAUUCAAAAGAUUCAGAAAUAGAGAUUUAUCUUUAAUAUGUAGAUACGACGUCCUAUUUUCUGACGUUGUAGAUACUGGAUCUAAGGGACGUACACCCGAUAGUCGGUUUUAUGUAGGAGGACCGAAGAAAGAGGCUGCAUAUGAUGAAGUUGAAGGUAGUGGUAAUAAUGACGAGUGCUUAAAAUUGAUAGUAGCUGGGCAAUCAAGGGAAAAUCCUGAAAACUACAUGCUUCCUGCAGCCGGGCAAUCAAGGGAAAUUCAUGAAAAUUGCAUACUCCCAGCAGCUGGGCAGUCAAGACAAAAUCAUGAAAAUAUCAUAUUUCCCUUGGCAGGGCAAUCAAGGGAAAAUCAUGAAAAUUGUGUAUCUCCCUUAGCAGAGCAAUCAAGGGAAAAUCGUGAAAAUUACAUGUUACCAUCUUCCUCGUUCGCAAAAAGAAAAUCAAGCAACAGGUCAGAAACGAGGAAAUCAAGGUCUUCCUCGUUGCGGGAUGAUAUUGAGAACCUUGCGAAUUUGAUUUCUGCCAAGAUUGGUGGUCCUGGACCCUCCAUCGAGGAGUGCUUGGGCGUGCUACGCAAGAUUGAUGGACUUGCCGUUGGAAGUCCAACAUAUUUCUACGCGUGCAACUUCCUUUGUGACAAAGAAAAUAGGGAAAUGUUUGUUGCAAUUGGAGAUGAUACAACACGAUACAAUUGGAUUAUAUAUAACUAUAAUAUCUCGAAAUCAAACAAUCCAAGGUUGCCAUGAUCUAGUUCACUGUUAAGUUUUCAAUAUUUCCGGGCAUGUUGAUCAAUAUUUCGAUGAAUAGGUUAUGUAAAACAGAUCGAGACUUAUUUAUGUUGUAUGAAUUAUGUAAGCUUUCUUGCAAUCUAUCUUAUUA